CAAUGCACGGCAGUUGGAAGAGAGAGGUGCUGAAGCCACCUGAGGAGCAUGUCUGUAAGUUCUGGGGGCAGUGGCCCCCCAGGCUUGGGGUGCAGGGCCCAAGUCCUGACCAGGCACCUCAGUUGUUCCCAGGCAGUCAGGGACUAUGCCAGACUGCUAGAGGUAGUGAGGGCUGGAAACAUGUUAGUGUUUGGGCUAUUGCACAGACCCUAUGCAUAAACCUAGCAAAUGACCACACUCUGCACCAGGCCUCUAUGCAUAGCUUGUUCCCAGGAUCUAUCACUACUUCCAAUACCCCUCAAACAACACCUCCAGGCCAACACUCAGAAGAAUGGUCUGGGAGGUGGGGCUACAAAAGGAACUGACUGCCCCCCAGAGUAGGUGGAGCUCAGCUCUGGAGGGGGGACCAAGAGGAAGGCGUGUCAAAGGAGGAGUUCAGACCAAGCUGGGGGUCGGCACUGGAAGAGAGCUUUCUCUAUUCACUCUGAACUGGCACCUCAUUCUGCACAGUUGGAAGGAGGAGGACGUUCAGAGUGAGGUGUGGAUUUGGAAUCCUCAGCAAGGAUUUGGAAUCCCUGGGCUCAAGGGAGUGGAGGUAUUUCCAAAACCUCUGCUCCUGUGCAUCUCCAGACCUGGCUUGGACCUCACCAAAGUGCUCCAGCUGUUAACUAGGUCAGGGGCCCCCCUUUCUCAAAGGCCUGCAUCCCUCCCUCUGGGGUGUGCCCAGCCCCUCCCUAAGUCACCCCCCAGGAGAGAGAGGGGGGAAAAAGGGAAGAGAAGAGAGGCAUUGACUGCAGAGGAAGGAAAAGGAAGCAGAGCAGAGGAGAGAGGAGAGAAGCAGCACAUGAGUGGGUGACAGAGUAGACCAGAGAGGGCAGAUCUAGGGCAGGGGGAGAUCGACAGAAGGCAAGCUGAGCAUCCUAAGGGGUGCCCCAAGAGCAGGGCCCAGGGGCGGGGAGCCAAAGGGGCGGGCCGGCCAUGUCCCACGGGACCUACUAUGAGUGUGAGCCCCGGGGUGGCCAUCAGCCACUUGAGUUCUCAGAGGGCCGAGCCGGGCCUGGGGAGCUGGGGGACAUGUGUGAGCAUGAGGCCUCCAUCGACCUCUCUGCCUACAUCGAGUCUGGGGAGGAACAACUACUCUCCGACCUCUUUGCCAUGAAGCCAGCGCCUGAGACCCGAGGCCUUAAGGUCCCUGGAACUCCUGCCUUUCCCCACUACCUGCCGCCUGACCCGCGACCCUUCGCCUAUCCCCCACAUACCUUCGGCCCAGAUAGGAAGGCGUUGGGACCUGGCAUCUACAGCAGCCCAGGGAACUACGACCCCAGGGCUGUGGCCGUGAAGGAGGAGCCUCGGGGGCCAGAGGGUAGCCGAGGCAUUAGUCGAGGCAGCUACAAUCCCCUGCAGUACCAAGUGGCACACUGUGGGCAGACAGCCAUGCACCUGCCCCCAACCCUCUCAGCACCCGGCCAGCCCCUGCGUGUCCUCAAGGCCCCUCUAGCUGCUGCCGCGCCCCCCUGCAGUCCCCUUCUCAAGGCGCCCUCUCCAGCCGGCCCCUCGCACAAGGGCAAGAAAGCAGUGAAUAAAGACAGCCUGGAGUAUAGGCUGCGGCGGGAGCGCAACAACAUCGCAGUGCGCAAGAGCCGGGACAAGGCCAAGAGGCGCAUUUUAGAGACACAACAGAAGGUGUUGGAGUACAUGGCGGAGAAUGAGCGCCUGCGCAGCCGUGUUGAGCAGCUCACCCAGGAGCUGGACACCCUUCGCAACCUCUUUCGCCAGAUCCCUGAGGCUGCCAACCUCAUCAAGGGUGUAGGGGGCUGCAGCUGAACCUGACUGGUGGACUGUGGGCACUAGACCCCUGGCUUGACCUUGGAGAUCUUUACUCUGCUGGGACCCUAGACCUUCACAGACCAAAUCCAAGACCAUUGACAAUGGCAGCUGGUGGCUAAGGAAGGCAGGACCCAUAAUGAUUCUGAAUAAAUUGCACUGUGAUUUGCUGCUGGGGUUGUUUACUGGGCCUGGGCCUGUUU